CCGGAAGUUGUGCAUUGGUCACGUGGUGGCGCAGGAGGCGGAGCCACGAGCGAAGCCGCUCCAGUGGGCGUGUGGCCGCGAGGUUCGCACGGUCCAAUGAGGGAGGGCGGCGUGGCCCCACCUGGUAGCGACGGUACUGCGCCUGCGCAAAGGCGGUAGAGCGACUGGGGUUGACUCCGGGGGCGCGGCGAGGAGCGACAUGAAGCUGAGCUGGGUCUUGGCAGUACUGCCCAUCUGCCUGAGCGCCUUGGCCACGGCUGUAGGAGCCGAGGGCAAGCGGAAGCUACAGAUCGGGGUCAAGAAGAGGGUGGACCACUGUCCCAUCAAGUCCCGCAAAGGCGAUGUCCUGCAUAUGCACUACACAGGGAAACUGGAAGAUGGGACGGAGUUUGAUAGCAGCCUGCCCCAGAACCAGCCUUUUGUCUUCUCUCUUGGCACUGGCCAGGUCAUCAAGGGCUGGGACCAGGGGCUAUUGGGGAUGUGUGAAGGGGAGAAGCGGAAGCUGGUGAUCCCAUCAGAGCUGGGGUAUGGAGAUCGGGGAGCACCCCCAAAGAUUCCAGGUGGUGCGACCCUGGUGUUCGAGGUGGAGCUGCUCAAAAUCGAGCGACGUUCUGAACUGUAGCCACGCUGGGAUGGGGCAGGGCAGGGGCAGGGGCAUAAUGCCAUCAGCUGGGACCAGACUGUUUCCAAAAUCAAAAAAA